ACUGUAUUCAAUCUUGGAGAAACUGUUCAAGAGCUUGAGAGUGUUGUAAACAUUGUAUCAAAAAACAAAAACACAAUUUUUUCUCAUCGUAAUCUUUUAUAAUUUAUCUUAGUUAAUUUAGUUAUUAAGUAGUUUAAAAAUUAUCACAGUUAUAAUGUCAUUUAAACGUGUGUGUGAUGGAUCAGGCAGUGAUUUACUCAAAAGUCUUGAGUCACAAAGAAUUAAAGAAUUACUCGGCAUUCAAAUACCCGAUGGUGAAGCUAAAUUAUUAUCUAAUGGGAAAUUGACUUGUAUGAUUUGCAUUCAGAGACCAAUUUUUGAUACUGUUAAUGUACUCUCAAUUCAUAGACAAGGAAAAAAACAUUUAAAUGAACUUAGUAAAUAUUUAGAAAGAAAAGAAGAAUUAGAGUUGAUGAAGAUAAAACAACAACAAAAAAACUGCAUUCAAUCAUUUGGCGCAUCAAAACUGUAUGCUAGUUCAACAGAACGUAAAACAAAAUUGGAAUUACCAGAAAAUGAUUCAGAUAAUACUAAAGAAUCUUCCAUUGUUUCACGUUAUGUAUCUUCAAUGAAAAAAAAACCAUCUUUACAAGAUGUUAUAAAUCGUGCAAAAAAUCAUCCUUAUCAGCAAUUGGUUUCUAAUUCUGAUACCUCAGUGUCCAAGAAUGCUCCGUCUAUCACUCAAUCUAUACAGACUUCAAGUAAUAAAGAAAUCAAAAUUGGUUGGAUUAAAAACUCUGACGGAUCAUGGUUUAAAGAUCCACAAGCUGAAUUUGAUUCUGAUGAUGACUGGUAAGCAUUGGAUAUGAUUGCCUAGUAACGAUUUUUAAAUAUUAAAAAUAUAUUGCUUGAAAUAGAAAAUAAGUGUCAGUCUAAAAUUAUUAGA